GUGAUGUGACGUCACGGGGAGGCGUCGAGCGUUUCCUGUUGAGGAAGCGAUCAGCUCUGCAGCUCAACUGCAAUGACAGCCUGAUUUCCACACAAUUAUCCUCUCAUCUGUGUUUCAUUUUCGCCGUAACAUCGAAAAAAUGGCAGACACUGGAAAUCGUUUGCGUAAGUUGCUGGAAUCCCCUAAUUUUGAUCCUCAGUCGUACGUGAAGCAGCUCUCGCAGCAGUCGGACGGGGACCGGGACUUACAGGAACACCGACAGAAGAUACAAACACUCGCCGACGAAACCGCGCAAAACCUGAAGAAAAAUGUUUAUAAGAACUACAGGCAGUUUAUUGAGACAGCCAAGGAGAUUUCUUACUUGGAAAGUGAGAUGUAUCAGCUGAGUCACAUUCUCACUGAGCAGAAGAGCAUAAUGGAGAGCAUUACACAGUCUCUCCUGUCCACAGAUAAAGAUGAAGCAGCCAAAGAAAUGCUCGCAGCCUUCCCAAAGGAAACGGAAGAGGUUAAACAAAGAACCCUAACCACACUAUUGGAAAAAGUAGAGGGAUGCAAGAACAUCAUGGAAACCCCAGGCAGAUAUCUGGUUUAUAACGGUGAUCUUUUGGAGUAUGACGCAGACAACAUGUCGCAGAUCCAAAAGGUUCACGCGUUUCUGAUGAACGAUUGCCUGCUCAUCGCAACCUGGCUGGCGAACAGACGCGGAGCCGUGAAAUACAAAUACGACGCGUUGUAUGAUCUAGAAAGCUUUGCGGUUGUGAACGUAAAAGACAACCCUCCAAUGAAAGACAUGUUCAAAAUCCUCAUGUUCCCCGAGAGCCGCAUCUUCAAAGCCGAGAACAGCAAGAUCAAGAAAGAGUGGCUGGAGAUUCUGGAGGAAACGAAGAAAAACAAAGUGGCGAAAGACAAAAACAUAAAGGAAGAGGAAGUUCCAACGUCGCCAGUCCGUCAGGAGGUCUCCACAAACCCUUUUGAUGAGGAUGAGCCUCUGUAUUCAGAGGAACUGGUGGAUCUCAGUCCCGAAUGGAUCCAGGAGCUUCCAGAAGACCUUGACGUGUGCAUCGCUCAGAGGGACUUUGAGGGUGCUGUUGAUCUUCUGGAUAAGCUAAACGAAUAUCUGAAGGAGCAACCGGUGAGCCCACGAGUGAAGGAGCUGAGGGGGAAGGUGGAUGAGCGUGUUCGACAGCUGACGGAGGUUCUGGUGUUCGAACUCUCGCCUGAUCGCUCGCUCCGUGGAGGACCUAAAGCCACACGGCGAGCCGUCUCUCAACUCGUUCGCCUGGGACAGUCCACAAAGGCCUGUGAGCUGUUUUUGAAGAACAGAGCGGCGGCCGUCCAAACCGCCAUCCGCCAGCUUCGCAUCGAGGGCGCCACGCUGCUUUACAUCCAAAAGCUCUGUAACAUCUUCUUCACAAGCCUGCUUGAAACCGCCAGGGAGUUUGAGACUGAUUUCGCAGGCAACACUGGCUGCUACUCCGCCUUUGUGGUCUGGUCUCGUUCGGUGAUAAAGAUGUUCGUAGAUGCCUUCAGCAAGCAGGUGUUUGACAGCAAAGAAAGCUUGUCCACCGCUGCAGAAUGCGUGAAGUUCGCCAGUGAGCACUGCAUGCAGCUGAGCGAGAUCGGCUUGGAUCUGACCUUCAUUUUGCAGUCUUUACUUGUGAAAGACAUCAGGGCGGCUCUCCAAAGCCAGAAGGACAUCAUCAUAGAAGCAACCAAGCAUCGUAACUCUGAGGAGAUGUGGCGUAGGAUGAACCUGAUGACUCCUGAAGCUCUGGCCAAGCUCAAGGACGAAAUGCGAAGCUGCGGGAUCAGCAGUUUCGACCAGUACACGGGAGAAGACUGCUGGGUCAACCUGAGCUACACCAUUGUGGCCUUCACCAAGCAGAUGAUGGCCUUCCUGGAGGAAGGGCUGAAGCUGUACUUCCCAGAGCUGCACAUGGUGUUUCUGGAGAGCCUGCGGGAGAUCAUACUGGUGGCUGUGCAGCACGUGGACUACAGCCUGCGCUGCGAGCAGGAGACCGAGAAAAAGGCCUUUAUUCUGCAGAACGCAUCGUUCCUGCACGAGACGGUGCUUCCUGUUGUGGAGAAGCGGUUUGAGGAGGGAGUUGGGAAACCGGCCAAACAGCUCCAGGAUCUGAGAAAGAGCUCUCGGUCUGUCAGGGUCAACCCCGAGAGCACCAUGUCCGUCGUCUGAUAGAGAUCAGUUCGGACGUGACUAACUAGAGGUCUUCAAAUCUCAAUACAUUUCACUACAUUGCACUCAUGUGACUCACUUUUAGUGUUGCCAUGCACUCCUAACCUCUCACACUCUUUAAAGGAAUAGUUCACUGAAAAUAAACAGUCAUUUUUUUACUCACCUUUAUGUUGUUGUACACAGAAAAAAUUCGAACUGCAACUAAUUUCAUCCUUUAAAUUUUCACCACAGAAUAAAACAAAAUAGGCAAUUGUGACUUUUUAUCUCACAAUUCUGACUUUUCUUGCAAUUCUGAGAAAAAAGAGGACUGGCAAGAUAUACACAGUUGUAAAGUUCAACUUUCUUGAAUGUAAGUUUUUUAAAUUUAUUUUUUUGUAAAAACAGUCCUGUGACUAAUUGUGAAUUUUUAUCUCACAGUUCUGUUUUUUCUUCUCAGAAUAGUGAGUUUAUAUCUCAUAAUUGUGAGUUUAUUGCUCCAAAUUAGAAUUUGUCAGAAUUGCUUAUAAACUUGGAAUUGAGAUGCUAACUUGCAAUUUCAAUUAUGACUUAAUAUCUUGAAAUUCAGACUUUUUCUCACAAUUGCAAAUUUAUGAACUCUUUUUCUCAGAAGUGAAAAUUGUGAGAAAAUAAUUGUAAUUGCCUUUUAUUUAUUUUUUAUUCUGUGGCAGAAACCUAACUGUAUAACACUUAAAUUUAAUAAUAUUAAGUGUACUAAUUGUACUUUGUAGAGAGAUCAGCUGUUGGUUCUUUAAUCAUUUAUAAUGAACUGUAUUAUUCAAGUAAAUAGAAAUUAAUAUUGCCCUAAUAAAACAUUCAUUUCAAUCAAACAAAAAGACAGAUGUAAAGAUGAAAACACUUUUAUUUAUACUGCUUUCUUUUGAGUGUAUUUUUGUACACAUAAACUAGUAAACACGUUUGGUUUAAAAAAAAAAA